GUGGACUUUCUCGCCUGCAUAUAUAUAUAUAUAUAUAUAUCCUUUCUUGACUGCUGGAUGUGCGUUGCUGGAUGACUAAGGAGGAGCCGGCAACCUCUUGAUGGCUCGAGAGAUCGUUCGUUAGCAAGCGUCGAAGAGAGAGAGAGAAAGAGAGAGAGAGGAGGCAGAAAGUGGCGGCCUUGCGCCGAUGAUCGCCGUUGAAAAUCAGUCGAGUUUGCGUGCCGGCUCCAGCCUCGGGCAGCAAGUCGAGGAGGCAGCGAGCGACGGGAGCGUGGGUGGCGGCAACGAGGCUGGUGGAGCCGGCGCAACCACCACCAGCUGCUCGGUGCCAGGUGUAAUGAACAAGGAGGGGCAAGAGGGAGAGGCGAGGAACGAGAACUCGGGGAAGGAAUCAACUGGUUCACCGGUGACUACGGUAACUACACCUAGCGGCGCAGGUGCCGCGGCGUCCACGGCGCCCGCUGACUCCUCCACGAUGCCUGGUGGAGGCGCUCGAGGCAGCGACGAGGAGGAGGGGGAGCAGGAGCAGGGCGCGGAGGUGGACGAAGAAGAAGAGGAGGAGGAGGAGGAGGACGAGGAAGAGGAGGACGUGGAAGUGGAGGGUGGAACGGCGCAGGAGGCGGUCGGUGGCGGUGUUGUGGCGAGCGAUGGUGGAGGGGGUGGAGGCGGCAUGGCCGGCUUUUGGAGGCAGAGCAGACCCUCCAGUCCCCGCAUGCCGCCUCCGGAGCAGCCGGAGUUAACCAGGCCUAAGAGCCGACACGAGCCGGCUCCCGCGAGAUACAACAACCUCGGUUACUGGAGAGCCAGAAGGGUCACGUUCUAUAAAAAUGGCGACCCGUACUUUCCUGGCAUCGAGUUCAGAUUCAAACCGGGGAGAGACAUCGGCUCGUUGGAGGCGCUGUUGGACAGACUGUCCUUGCGGAUGGAUCUCCCCAGAGGGGCGCGUCACAUCUUCUCCAUGGACGGCGACAGGAAGCUCACCCUGGACGAGCUCGAGGACGGCGCCUCGUACGUCGUAUCCAGCUACAAAACGUUCAAGCCGGCCAGCUACGGAAAGAAGAGCAACACUUGGUACACGAGCCCGACGGGCGGGGGGGGUAGUCGAGGUGGCGGGGCGGGCGGAGGAUGGCAAAGCAGGCCGGCGGCCGUGGCGAGCCUCGGAAGGAAGGCUUCCAUCACGGACGAGGCACCACCUCCUGGCGGUGGAAAACCUUCCUCGGGACGCGUCAUACGAAUCGUCAACAACCACGACCAUACCGUGCAGUGUCGAGUCUUGUUGAACCUUCGCACGUCUCAACCAUUCGAGGAGGUGUUGGAGGACCUUGGACAAGUAUUGAAGAUGAAUGGGGCCAAGAGGAUGUUCACAGUUUCGGGUCAAGAGGUAAGAAGUUUCUCCCAGUUACGGAACGAAUUCGCUGACGUGGAUACAUUUUAUCUGGGCACCGGGUCCGGGAUGAGCAUGGUCGGCGGUGUGUCCGCGUCCCCGGCGAGGAGGUCGAGAUCGCGCGGACCGUCUACAGUUGUCGAGGACAUUGGUCGUCAAAGGCGCGCCCGUAGCAAAAGCAGGCCACGCGCUUUGUACGCCCCUGAUUCAGACGUCGUCCGAGUAAACGAUUACAGCGUGGUCGAGGUGUUGAGGGACGAGCCAGCGAGGGUGACCAUCCGAGGAUUGAGAAGAUCGUUCUACCCGCCCUCCCACCUGCCCCCCGUCGACAACUCUCCCCCUGAGAAGAAGCUGCAGCUCGAGUGGGUUUACGGUUAUCGGGGCACCGAUACCCGUCGAAACCUGUGGGUAUUGCCCAGCGGCGAACUCUUGUACUACGUGGCCGCCGUGGCUGUUCUCUUCGACCGAGAGGAAAAUGCACAACGGCACUACGUAGGCCACACGGAGGACAUCACGUGCAUGGAGGUUCAUCCGAGCAGGGAGUUGGUCGCGUCCGGGCAAAAAGCCGGCAGGCACAGGAAAGCGCAACCGCACGUGCGCAUAUGGUCGACAGAGACGUUGCUCACCCUGUACGUGUUCGGGAUGACCGAGUUCCAGAUGGGCGUCUCCGCGUUGGCGUUCUCGCAGCUGAACGGUGGUAGUUACGUGUUGGCUGUCGACGCUGGUAGGGAGGCGAUACUCUCCGUCUGGCAGUGGCAAUGGGGCCAUUUGUUGGGCAAAGUGGCGACGAUGCAGGAGGAUCUGACGGGGGCGGCCUUCCAUCCCCUCGACGACAACCUCCUGAUCACUCACGGGCGGGGCCACUUGACGUUCUGGAACAGGCGCAAGGACGGUUUCUUCGAGAGGACGGACAUCAUCAAACCUCCGUCCCGCACGCACGUGACCAGCAUCCAAUUUGAACAGGACGGGGAUGUCGUAACAGCGGACAGCGACGGUUUCAUCACCGUGUACUCGGUGGACGCGGACGGCGCUUACUUCGUCCGCAUGGAAUUCGAGGCGCACAACAAAGGUAUCAGCUCCCUGGUCAUGUUGUCGGAGGGUACGUUGCUCUCCGGCGGUGAGAAGGACCGUAAGAUAGCAGCCUGGGAUUCCCUGCAGAAUUACAAGCGUAUCACGGAUACGAAAUUGCCGGAGGCGGUCGGGGGUGUGCGCAGCAUCUAUCCCCAGAGGCCGGGGAGGAACGAUGGGAAUAUUUACGUGGGUACGACGAGGAACAACAUCCUGGAGGGAUCCCUUCAGAGGAGAUUCAAUCAGGUGGUGUUCGGGCAUGGGAGACAGUUGUGGGGCCUUGCCGUCCAUCCUGACGACGAGGUGUUCGCCACGGCUGGCCACGACAAGAACAUUGCCCUUUGGCGCAGGCACAAACUCCUCUGGACGACUCAGGUCGGUUUCGAGUGUAUUUGCAUAGCUUUCCAUCCUUUCGGUGUCGCGCUUGCAGCCGGGUCCUCGGAGGGUCACCUUUUGGUGCUUGCCGCGGAUACAGGUGCGGCUGUGGCAACCCUCAGAGUGUGCGGUUCGCCGUUGUCGUGCAUUGGCUACAAUCCAACGGGUGAAAUCGUUGCGAUGGGCUCUCAGAACGGUAGCGUGUAUCUGUUCAGAGUGUCCAGGGACGGGUUCUCGUACAAGAAGAGCAACAAAAUUCGCGGGACGCAACCGUUGGUCCAGCUCGACUGGAGCUCCGACAGCAGAUUCCUUCAAACGGUUACCCAGGACUACGAUUUAGUAUUUUGGGACGUGAAAGCGUUGUCGUCCGAAAAGAGUCCGCUCGUGAUGAAGGACGUGAAAUGGUACACCCACAAUUGCAUGGUUGGAUACAUGGUGUCCGGAAUGUGGAAUAAUCGUUAUUACCCGUUGACGACCGUUUUAACGACGUCGAGUCGAUCGGCGGCGCACGACAUGUUGGUCAGCGGGGACGCGGAAGGAUACUUGAGGCUUUUCAGGUAUCCGUGCACCAGUGCUAAGGCCGAGUACAUCGAGGAGAAGGUGUACAGCUCUCUGGUGGCUUGCGCCAGAUUUCUUUACAACGAUCAGAACGUGGUGACGGUCGGUGGGACCGACGCCGCUCUCAUGCUCUGGGAGCUGGUCGACGAGUAGAAGAAGAAGAAGAAGAAGAAGAAGAAGACCUCCUACCUCCUUGUCGUAGAUACUCCCCUUCUACUAUUUGCAGCGACUUUUAGACUGUGCAGUUCGUUUUUGGGAAGGAUUGGUGACGAUCCUUCUUC